AAUAUUUCUAACGCAAACCCAAUAAAUGGACAUUUAAUCAACAGAUGAUCAAAGGCUGUCUCCUUGGCAGUGUAAAAUUUCCCCCCUAGGGACUGAGCCCUUGGGCACAGUGGGCCUGGAAAAGGCCCCAAGUCAUCAGUCCAGAUUUGGCCAGCUUCCUGGGUGGGCUUCCGGUCCCCUGUGUCUCCCCCCUCAAAUCCCCAACCCCCUGACAACCACCACUCCACCACACUGAAGGGGAGGAGGGUUUUGCCAGGAAGCAGCAUGGCAGGCCCUGGAGCACAAGGCAGAACACAUGCCCCUGCCCACACACCUGGGCCCUUCUCAUUCCCUCUGCCCUGGACCCAUUCUUGGAGGGGUGGGGGUAGGGGGAGUGCCAGUGUUCUAGAAAGGGGAGUGAGGAUCAGGUUCUAGAAUGGCUCCUCCUUGAGGUCAUGUCUGGAACAGCAGAAAGGGCAUCUGGCCCACAAGCUGGGAAUAAAUGGCCUGGCCCUGGGCUGCUUUCUUUCCAGCCUCCUCUUCCUCCUGCUCCUCCUGCGGCUGCUUAAUCCUUUCCUCCUACAGAGAACUCAUCUCGCUAGCUGUCAGUUUUCUCGAAGCCGCGUGGGCCCUCAGUGCCUGGGGUCUACCUGCCCCUCCCCCUCCUUACUCCUGCCUCCUACAGGCAUGAGGGCGGCCAGCUUGGCCCUGCUGCUGUGGGCGUGGGAGAGCCUGCGGGCCUUUGAGCUCGUGGAGAAGGAGAACAUCUUCCAGAAGACACCCUGCCCUGCCUUCCUGAUGUUCGACAACGCGGCCUACCUGGCCGACAUGAGCUUUGAACUUCCCUGCCACUGUAAGCCAGAGGAGGUACUGGCCGUGGUCUGGUACUAUCAGAAGCACCUGGGCAGCGGCCACACCAGGGUGCUGACGGACUUCGACGGGCGCGUGCUGACCGAGGCGGCCCAGGUGCGCGCGGGCAGCGACAUGCUGGUCCGCUUCAGCAUCCGCAUGUUCAGCCUGCUGGUGUUUCGAGCACAACCCGAGGACUCGGGCCUGUACUUCUGCGGCACCCAGAGGGGGGACUACUUUUAUGCCUACGAUGUGGACAUCCAGAGCAGCGAGGGCAUGGUGGCCACCUUCAGGGACAAGGGCGAGGAGCCCUUUGAGGACGAGUACCACGGGAACCUGCGCAUUUUCACCACUUUCUGGGAGUGGACCCCAUGCGACCGCUGCGGAGUGCAUGGGGAGCAGUGGCGCAUCGGCCUCUGUUACCUACAGAGCCCGCACCUGUCCCCGCGCUACCGCAAGACCAUGCCGGAUGUGGUGUCCUGUGGCUCACGCGCCCUGUCCAGGAAGCUGCGGGACGCAGCCAGGGACCACACCCCCGAGUUGCUGGUUCAGAGCUGCCAGGAGCCCUGCCAGAAGCGCAAAACAGACCGGAAGGGCGUGCUGGCCAUCUACAACUAUGUGUCCAAGCUGGGCAGCCGGCCCUGGGUGCCCCAGGUGCCCAUCCAGUUCCACCAGCAGAGACUGGGUCACGGACUUGUCAUCUCGUGUCCCGGAGCCCGGCCCGAGCACGCGGUGGCCUGGGACAAGGACAGCCGACAUCUCUACCGCACCGAGUACCUGAAAGGCAUCAACAGGUCCAUGCGGGUGUUCAUCGACCACGGCAACCACUUGCACAUCCGCUUCACCCAGCUCAGCGACCGCGGCAUCUACUACUGCUGGCGGCAGGGCCAGCUUGUGGCCGGUUUCCGGCUGAGUGUGUCGGCUCGCGGGCGCUAUGCCGCCUCGCUGUCGGACCCUGAGACUCGCGCUGUGGUGGAGCUCACCCUGAUGGGCUACCUGCUUAUCACGCUGGUGUUCAUUGCCAUCCACGUCUGCCGCUGCUGCUGCUACAUGUGCCGCUGCUGUCCCAGCUUCUCCCCCUAGGCACCCCAUUCCCCGUAAGAUGAGCUGCACUGCCACCUGCUUCUUAAACGAUGCCAGAAGCUCCAGGGAUGGGGUAGGGGUGCUGUGGCCUGGGAUACUGGGUAAGGGGGUGUGGCCAGAUCGAUAAGGGACAACCCGCUCCCCUGUGGAAAGUCCUGGGGCCUGAUCUGAGACGUGGGGACAAGUGGGUGGGAGAGAUGGGGCACCAAGUCCGGAUGGAGGUAGCCAGAAGGCACAGGUCUUCAGACUUAACCCUUAGGCAGGAGCAA